AUGAGGAGUGAUAACCCGACACUUGGCCACGGGCAUAUGUUUCCUUUCUCACUUCCUUUAAACUACCAAUUUAAUACUCUUUCCAACUCUCACUAUCACUAUGACAGACUGGCCUUAAUAGGUGUGUUCCACUAUAACACUUUCUCUCUCUCUCUUCUCUCUCUCUCUCUCUCUCUCUCUCUCUCUCUCUGCCACACUUGUUCUCACUCUUUUUUCAUGAUUUUUCUCUCUCGGUAUCACGCUUUUCUCACUUCCACUGUCUCAAUUGUCCUCUUUCUCCCUGUUUUGCUUGUCUUCUUCCUCUCUGUUUGCGUGUCUCUGUCUCUCUCUUUCGUUUCUUCCCUUUCUUGCUCCUUCUCGCUCUCUAUCAGGCUUGUCUCUCUCUGUAUCUAUCCUGUUUGUCCUGUCUGUCUCUCUCUCUCCCACUUGUCCUGUCUCUCUGUCCCGCUUGUCCUGUCUCUCUGUCCCGCUUGUUUCUCUCUCUAUUCCGCUUGUUCUCUGUUUGUCACUGUUCCGCUUGUUCUCUCUCUCUCGUGUGUUUCUCUCUGUGUCCCCCUUGUUCCCUCUCUCUGUCUCUAUAUAUCUCUGUCUGUCUGUCCCCUCUCUCUCUCUCUUUGUAACGCUUUUUUUCUCUACGUCCCGCCAGUUCUCUGUCUCGCGUGUCCCCGCUCACAAACUUGCUUGUUCCCCCACACUCUGUGUCUCGCUUAUUCACUUCUCUCUCUCUCUCUCUCUCUCUCUGUCUCGCUUAUUUGCUCUCUGUUUCUAUAUCGCCCCUCUUCUUUCUAUCACUCGUCUCUUUUUCUUUCUCGUCUCUUCUAUCUAUCACUCGCCUCCCUCUCUAUAAUUCGACACUAUCUCUCACAUUCUCGACUCUAUUUCUCGCCUUCCUCUAUUUCUCUACAUAUCUUUCUCUACAUCUCUUUCUUUAGAUCUUAG